GUAUGGCCAGUCCUGAUCCGUGGGUUGGUUCCUGGAGGCCUCACAAGCCAAGAGGUCCUAUUGCUGCACUGUACCGCGGCCCUGGGCCCAAGUAUGCCCUCCCAGCGGUUACAGGGUCACGGGAAACCUGGAGCAUGGGGUACAAAGUAGGGUGCACCCUGGACGGGGUGCCAAUCCGUCCAUCGCAGGGCACAAUCACAUACACAUUCACACACCCUACAUACACUACGGACACUUUGGACAUGCAUGUCUUUGGAAUGGAGGAGGAAACCUGAGUACCCGGAGGAAAUCCCCGCAGCACGGGGAGAACAUACAAACUCCACACACACACAGGGCAGAGGCAGGAUUCAGGAUAUGAACCCCCGACUCUUGCGGCGUGAAAGUGGGCAUGACCCACGGAAAUGGAAAGCUCCUGCAUACAGUUUUGGAAUACAGCAUCAGCAAUUAAGCGACAGCUGCUCGCCCGGACCUGGCUACCUCAUACCCUCCAAUAUCACCAGAAUCGGACGCGAUGGCAACCCUGCGUAUUCGCUAAACAGUCGACCCAAAGACCCUCAGCUAUUCCAGACCCCAGGACCAGGGACUUAUCACCCUGAGACAUCAGCAACAGCAACCUUUUAUUCUGCUCCUGCAUACUCACUGCACCCUCGGACCAAAUUGUUCCGUAAUGACCAAACACCAGGGCCUGCUGCGUACAUGCUUCCCCCAGUGCUCGGGCCAAAAUCAGUGAGUAAAAGAUCUGCCCCGAACAUCUCCCUCAGAGGCCGCAGCAAUAUUGGCAGCUUCCAUGAAGAUUUAAAGAAGACACCAGGUCCUGGGACUUACACAGUUGUGGAUCCAAACGUGUACAGACCAAAAUCCCCGCAGUACAGCAUUGUCGGCCGCAACAGCUUUCCUGGAGAUACGACCAAGAAGCCAGGGCCUGGAGCUCACUAUCCAGAGCAGGUGAACUUCACAAGAACCAAAGCUCCCAGCUUCUCCUUUGGUAUCCGUCACUCGGAGUACACUGCCCCACUGAUCCUGGAUAUCGCUGAUUAACCAUCACCUCACUCUUUUCUCUUAAUAAAGACUGUGAAGCAGCAGAGACUCGCUAAAUAACUCUGCAACACUUCAAAUAAACCUUCCACAAAUUAAUUAGCAAGCCAGUUUACCACUGAUCUGAGCCAGAGAACAUGAAAAUACACAGCUUAUGUUUUUUGAGAGCGGUCUAGAGUGCAGUUUCUAAAUAAAACUAACAGUUUGA